AUGAGACGCCAACGUAUUAAUAGAGAAAGAAAGGUUCAUAAUAAUAAACAGUUUCCUUUAAGUUUAUUACAAACUUUCUUAUUUUUUGUAAUUGAUUGGAAUGAAUUUUGGAAAAAUUCUAUAACAAAAUAUUCACGUUAUAUUCAAGAUUGGAAGAAUGGUGAACAAAUUAAAAGAUAUUCUAACCCAUUUAUGUUAAUGAAACAAUAUAUGGCAUAUGAAAUCAAAAAUAAUAUCGAUCUUAAAAAUUUAAAUUCUAUUUUUAAACUUUUAGAACAUGAUAUUAAUAAUAUUUCAGAAAUUUUAGUUGGAAUUGAUGAUCUUAGGUUGAUUUUGGGAAAGUCAUCAUUUAACAAUCUUAAUUUAAUUAGGUCCAAAGGCGAAAAAUUUGAAAUUCGUCUUUCCGGCUGCUCAAACCAAGAAUUAAUUACAAUUACAGUAGAUAACCUAAAGACUCUUUUAAAUUGUAAAAUUGAUGGUAUUGAUAUUUCAAUUGUUGGCGGUCGUGCUUGGAUGGUAGCCAAACCGGUACAACGCAAAAAAUACUCUGGCUUAGAUUUAUCGCAUUAUAAUAAUGGCACUUCAGCUCAAACACCGUCAUUAACGAAUGACAUGACAAAUAGAAAUCUAUCUGAAAAUAACAAUAAUACUUAUAUAAUAAACAGGUCAAACGAAAUUAAUAACACCUUAUCUCCAAAAAUCUUGUUUGAAGGUGACAUUAACGAACGGACGCUUAACAUUGAAUAUGAUGAACAUACCGAAACCAUCGAAACCAUGAAGAUCAUUUCAUCGCAAGGAUAUGUCCCAGUUUGGAAAUCAUCGAAUGAUUUCGAACCUCUAACAUUCGAUAAAACUUCUAUUGGAGAGAAAUCAACGGAUGAUUUCGAACCUCUAACUUUUGUUGAAACCGAUGAAACCCCUAUUGGAGAAAAAUUAGAGGAUGAUUUCGAGCUUCCAACUUUCGAUGAAACCCCUAUCGGAGUGGACGAAUAUUUUAACAUUAACGAUGAUUAA